GGUUAUUAUGAAUCCAGGUUCCUAGAAAGUCUGGUCUGGGAUGUGUGUCGCAUUCCGAGUCGAAAAACUGAAUAAUUUGGUCGUGAAUGAGCCUGCCAGUCAGCUUUGAAAUCAUUGUAAAAAAAUAACCGUUGCUCCUCACUCAAAAAACAAAGAAAAGCUAUCAACAAUGAUCACAGAGCUCGUAACAACAAGAAAGCUUCUGGAUUCAUCGGAACUACUGUACCCGUACCGGUAUAUUGAUACCAAAAGAACCAUAUCCAGGAACUCCCUAGCCAUUAUUACAUUCUUGCUCUCCAGGUUCUUCCAAGGACAUACUGGGCAAACAAUCUGCAAUAUUGAGUCACAGCGAUGAGAACACGCUGACAGUCAUGUUUCAACGGGAAAACGAUGUCGAAAUGAAGCAACCUCCCGGAGGAAGAACUCCUUCGGGACUUCGACAUUCGUGGCGCUUAUGGCGAUUGUGCUGCUGCCGAUAUGGAUGGUAUCCCCUUUUGGUGGCUCCAAUAGUCACUGUUGGAUGUAUAUUUUCGUUGUAUUCUACGGCUGGCUGUGACUUUAUCCGUGUGGAUGUUGGUUUCACACCUUCCAACACGGGUUGGAAUAGCAGCACGUUAGAUCUCGGACUAUUUCUCUACCAAAGCGGAGAAGAAGAAACAAACAAAUACUAUGCUGCCUUUCUUGAUGGUUGCCGGCUGUAUACUGAUGACUUUUCGGAAGAAUUUAUUGAGGACGAUCGAACGUGGAGGGUAGCGCAAAUUAUGGGAUUCGUUUCUGCUGGCGGGGGUGUCAUUGCGACGGUAUGUGCGAAAUUUCAAGCUUGCAUGGCUUUCAUGGUGAUUGAUUGAGAUUGUGUACACAGAUGCACGCGUAUCUGUACGUCUAAAACUUUCAUUUUUCCUCCUUGAAUUUCUAUGGAUACAGAUCUUUACGUGGCUAUUUGUUGUUUCACCUCUGCCGGCCCGAUUCUUUUGGCCUGUAGUCGUCCUUCCUGCUCUAGUUGCAUCAUUUUUGGCAGAAGCUUCAAAAUUUUUGGUCUAUGACACGUCGAUGUGUAGAAAGAAUGUUUGGUUUCCACCUGGAACAGAAUCGUUGCCACGAACAGCCGAGUGUUCUCUUGGAGCGACGGCCAUAUAUGGGAUUGCCAGUGGCAUUAUAUAUUUAGUUUGUUUGAUACUUGUCUGUCUCAAGGCGCCAAACAAGCGUGAUCUUGUUCCGAAUUAUGGAAUGGAUGCGGAAAAUGGUCUUGUUCACCUUCCUCCUCAAGGUUCCUAUUAUGGAAGCAAGCGUUCAGGUAGACCUAUAAACAGUACCGAGUUUGAAACAGCUACUGAUCGAGAUCGUUAUUCAUAUCCCAACAGAGUAGAACCUGAUGCGCCCGAACUUUAUGUAUUCGAGGAAGACGUUGAAUCUGGUGUGACAAGCAUUAAUUCUCGAGGAUACGAUUCUGGAUUUGAAUCAUCAAUUAUGGGUAAAAGUAACGCCCAAAGGGAGAUCAAUGACGAGGAAGACGAUCUGUUAUCACAACAAAGAUCACAGAACAACUAUGUAGGGGAUGGCGAUAGUGUAGGAAAGCUCAGUAUGGGCAAGCCACCGACGACCGAUGUCACCAUAGUGAGAAAUAGAAGCGGUGGUAAGCCUGUAUUGGUAUCAAGGAGUCGUUUAGAAACUGUAGAAAGGAUGGAAAAAAAUGCGAACAACUCCUCAGAAACUACGGCUCAAAUGAUUGACGACUUACUCACUGAUCUCGACAAAUCCUUCAAUGACGAUAGCUACAAGCAAUAGACGCCAGGAUAGCUAUUUAGACUUCAUGUGCUACAACAAAACGCUAAACUGUUGUACCUGUAACAUGAAACAAAGCUCUUUCAACAAGGAACAAAAUCAAUAGCUUCAUUUUAUUCCUCGUACAAACAUGCAUCGAGAUGCAUCAAAAUUUUUACUGCUUCAUCGCGGGUACAUCAGGAAGUUAAAAGUGUCAACAAGAGGAGGUUCGACGACGGUCUGAAAUUGCUGACCCGAUGAGACAUAGUCUACAACAGAGUCAUAUAUAUAAUAUUGUAGAGACAGAUACAAUCAAUCAUUUGAUAGCUUUGUCCUCUGGUGCGAUAGUCAUCGUUUCGAGGUAGGUAAAGUAGAGCGUUCUUACUACCUAGCGAAGAGCAAUUUCUAAACGGUAAUUAGAACCUCAAUCCUUCUUUUGAUACUUUCGUUUCGAAAACGCCAUAAACAAGGCAAUGAGACCGUAUCCAUAAACCUGCAAGCAAGCGAGUCCGAAUCGGCUGCUCUGAGUAUCGCAUUUAUCUCCCAUAAAUAAAACCGCAGCGCUGUAAAAAAUCCCGGUGAAGAACUGCCCGAUUUGAGCUUUGGUAAGAUAUCUGGCUGACCUGAUUUGCGUCGCUGGUGAAAUGGUCUUGAUCAAAAAGUAGGUGUACAUCAAAGUGUGAAUAAUAGAAUUCAGCAGAACCA